AUGAAGAGACAUCCACUAUUUGAGUUGUACAGUUUCGGCUAUCAUCUGCUGAAACGCUUCUUCUUGUGCUAUGAAAAGUGUGGAGAGAAGCUUGCGCCCGAGAUUCUUUUUUGGAAAGGUCCCAAGGAAUGUUAUGAAAUUGAGAAUGGCGACGGUUACGAAGAAUCGAAGAAUCAAAAAGACGCUUAUUCAUGGAGUGAAGAACUGGAGAAUGAGCUCCGUUCACUUUAUAACGAAUACCGGGACAUGGAUGAGAGACCUGAAGGAAUGGACGUGCUUGAUUUUAUCGAGCCAAAUCUUAGUCGCCCGCGGACUCGUAAACAGAUUCUGAAGAAGAUGAAGGAGUUCGCUCUAGAUCCGCUUGGAGCAAAAGCUAAUAAAGGGUCGAAGAGUCACAAGUGGUCAGAUGGUCUACGGGUUGAGCUUUCUGCUCUCAAGGAGCAGUAUGAUGAGCUGGAUGCAGAAGAUCGUGAGCUUGUGGAUCUGGUUGAUUAUUGUAUGCGGCGGUUGAGUGAGAAGAAGCCGAGACGGCAGGUUGAGCAGGAGCUUGUAGCACUUGGAGCUGCUCUGAAACCAAAAGAAGAAGAAGCGGACAUCAAUAUUGAAGUCCAGGAGUGCAAGUCCAAGUGGUAG